UUGUGCACUUAUCACCAUGGUUGACACCUGAAGUGGGUUAAGCACUAACCCCUAUACCCAGGAACAGCAAGAGAAGAUGGCCGCCUUAGUAAGAGAGAAUAAGGAGAGGAAAGAGCUCCUGAAACAGGCGAAGCUAAAGGCAAUAGCAGAGGAGCAGGCGGCGAAGAUGAAGGAAUUGGAGGAGGAGAUGGAGAAGAAGAAGAAGGUUGUUGAAGAAGAAGCAGCAGCAGAAGAAGCAGCAACAGAAGAAGCAAAAGAGAGGAUGCGCAUUGAAAGUAGAGAGGGGAGUAGUGGCACAAAGAGGGAUACAGAUGCAGAGAUGGAGAAGAGGAUAAGUGAGUGGGUCGCUAAUUUAUCGUUGGGAGAAGAUGAUGAGGCGGAGUCUUAUGUGACUCAUGAUGAGAGGGAGGCGCUAGCCAAUGAGCUAGCAGCAAUGGAGGACCGUAUGGAACGGCGAGAAAGGGAGGAGGAGCAGAAGUUGGCAUGGAAAUUGAGAAUGAAGAGGGAAAAGAAGAGGAGGAGAGAGGAAGUCAACAAACUGACCGCAGAGGUGGCGAAGGUGCAAGACUGUAGGAAAGAAGUGCAGGCUCAACCAUAUGAUAAGGCCAAAUGGGAUAAGGUAUUGGGGUACCUGGAGGUGUUGAGCACAGCAUGGAUGGACGGAGCGCCAAGCCAAUUGGAGCCAAGAAGUAGCCUUGAGUGCCAUGCGGUCGGGAUUUAGAGAUUCUGCGCGCGAAAUAGUCACCCACAUUGGGGGCGAAGUCAAGCAACUGAG